AUGGAUAACCUACCAAAUGAAUUGAUUACUCAGAUUUUGGAAGAAUGUAAUUACGCAGACUGUAUGUGUUUCCGAGCGACGUCAAGUAAAAAUUACGAUGUUGGGAACUAUGUACUAAGAAAGUCACAAACUUUCGAUUACCGGUACUACAACUAUCGUUGUCACGUCGGAAUUCGAAAUGUUAAUGGGGAAAAUGAGAAGAAGAAAUAUGGCACCAAUUUGAAUCCAAUCAAGAUGAUCAAUUUUAUGGAAUUUCUGCCGAAUCUUCGUAAAAUAGUGCUUGCUGACCUACCAUGUCUAUUCACUUUGGGUGAUAUGAUAAAACUAGGUAAAUCUCUUCCAAAAAUUCAAAAGUUUGUGAUGAUCCAAACCGAAGAGAAGAAAUGGAUGGGGAAGGACAUGAUGAUGGGGUUAACAUAUUUUAAAUCUCUCAACAGUCUGGAACUAGUUGGCUGGGAACCAUCCAGUGUCACAAGCAGAGGUUGUGCAUCCCGAAACGAAGUUAUUCCCCAAAGUACACUACGAAACUUGAUUAAUCUCACGAUUGUCUGCAAACAGGAAACAGUGUCAAAAGUACUUCAACAUAUUGUUGAUAAUGAAAUCUUCAUGACUAAAUGUGUCAAGGCCAAGUCAUCUACUCUCACUGCCUCAACUCGAAAGAGUCCAGCUGGAGAACUGUUCAGUGAUAGAAAGAAUCGAGCAAGCAUUGCAACGCACCUUCUUGAAUGCCUUGAGGAGAAGAGGCAUCAAGUUUACAAACCUAGUUAA